CAAAGGUCUUGCGUCACCAAACUUGGAGCCUCGAACGCUUAGCCGGCGCGUCCAGACUACCUCUUUAACUCAAAGCCAUUUUUCAACAGCCACGUUUCUUAUAUGAAAACUGAUGCUUCAUAGCUACAUCCACAACAACGCUUGUCUCCGCCGAUGACAAUAUGAGUUUCUCAUACCUUGCUCAAGAGGGGAGAAACGUCCUCUCAACGCUCACCCAUGGAGCUGUUGGACCAACCCUCGUUCCGGCGUACCUGCUGCUGGUCUCCGCACUGCGAUACAGGAGAAUAAAGCAGAUGCAGAAAGAGUUUAACUACCCUACAAGGGAGUCUUUGGCAAACAUGACAGAUGACGAUGCGUGGAAGAUUCUGCUUAUCAUCGGCCAGCUGGAGUUUCCUUUUACAUACCUCAAAGCUUUGCAGUUUGCUUUAUUUAGAACUUAUGGCAUCCCUACUAUAUCUGGCCUUCUCACGAAAACUUCUGAAUUCUCGAAGCAACAAACUGCGAUGAAGCGCUAUGCAGAUACAUCCGUCUUGAUUGCCGAAUUUGUGGGCAACCCGCCAUCCUCUUCCCGAAGCCGCGAAGGUAUCGCCCGCAUGAACUACAUUCACUCUGUAUAUCGCAAAUCCGGCAAGAUCCUCGAUGACGACAUGCUCUACACCCUCAGUCUCUUUGCGCUCGAGCCCGCCCGAUGGAUCGACCGACACGAAUGGCGCAAACUAACCGACUUGGAGAAGUGCGCGCUGGGGACGUUCUGGAAGUCAGUUGGGGAUGCAAUGGAGAUUGACUACGGGAAACUACCAUCUUCCAAGGAGGGAUUUAAAGACGGGCUACAAUGGCUUGAUGAAAUCCGUGAAUGGAGCGAAGCAUACGAGAAGAAACAUAUGGUUCCCCACGAAUAUAACAAUCGGACUGCCGAAGAAACGGUUACGAUCCUGCUUUGGACCGUUCCGCGUAUACUCCGGCCCUUGGGGCGGAAGAUGGUGUAUUUUCUGAUGGAUGGCCGUCUGCGCACUGCUAUGAUGUACGAGCGCCCAGGCUGGAUCUACCGUUUUAUAUUUUCGAAGAUCUUCACUGUUCGAAAGCUCCUCCUGCGCUAUUUUGCCCUUCCCCGCCCAGACCUUUUCAAAGUGAGGCGGAUCACCACCGACCCAUCCGAGAAACCCCCUCAUGCUCUCCUCACGUGGGAGGGUGCACCUUUCUAUGUCAAGCCAACAUUAUGGAACCGCUGGGGACCGUCCGCUUGGGUCAAGAGGCUGCUCCAGCUGCCUCUGCCUGGAGACGGAGGCGACACGUAUUUUCCUAACGGCUAUUACACACCUGACGUUGGACCCCGUGCGUUUGUGGGGAAAGGGCGUGAUCAUUACGAGCAGACGACGGCGCGAUUGAAGACUGAGCGAAGGGGCCAGUGUCCGUUUGGCGUGGCGAAAUAAGUUCUAGUGGGAGGAGAGUAGCAUAGUAGUGGCAAAUGGGAGAGACCACGAAUCAUCGAUGUAACGGGGCAGGGAUGAUGGGAUCUCUGCGAGUUUAUCUACAUAUGUAUGUAUGGAGUACGUACGGAGUACAGGGAAGGGUAUUCAAC